AGACACUAAAAUCGAUUUGCCCGUUGCAGACAACGAAAAAUAAAAUCUUUUAUUUUAAAAAAUAUCAAGUGGUGAAAGUAAAAACGCAAAUAGUCAGAGUUCAGACAAAACGAAAGCAGAAUUUAGUGGAAACUGGACAGAAGAGAAAAGAAGGGAGACCGAGUAAAGAAGAAGACGAUGAUGAGUUCUCGGAGACCCGUUUCGAGCCCGGGUCGGGUCGCGAAAUAUCGACCGCCUUUCAUGGGGUUUCUGAGAAGCAAAAGUAACGGUGGAAGCAUAAGCAGAAGUAGGAGGCGAAGCCGAAGCCGAAGCCGAAGCAAAGGAAGGUCACGCGCGAGUCCACUCUUCGUUCGCCGGAAUAAAUCCGCUGUGGCGGUGGUGAGUCAAGAACCGUCUUCACCGAAAGUUACUUGCAUGGGCCAGGUCCGAGUCAAGCGAUCGAAGCCCAAAAUUCAGCCCCGUUCCCGCGAAAACCCGACCCGAAGACGAUGCGAGUGGAUCCGAAACGCGUCGUUUUAUUGCAACGGUUUCGCGGGGAAAAUCAAACCGUCGUCGUUUUGGCCAAAAUGGCGAUCGUUUACGUUUCCGUGUUCUCCGCAGGAAACGAAGAGCGAUAAUAAGCUUUCGGAUUCUCCAGUAAACCAAGUGAACCGUCCGGCAACGGAACCACCUGCAGAAGAAGAGAAAUUCAAAAUCUCUACAUUGCUUGCGUCACCGUCUUCCACGCCGCCGAUGAACGCAUUUUUACUGACGAGGAGCAGAUCGGCGCCGUUCAGCUCGUCUUCAUUGGCGUUCAGAUUCUGGGAAGAAAAUAACCGAAGAGAAGCAGAAUCACGCAACGAGAGAGAGCAAACGGUUAGAUCGGCAAACACUAUUCCGGGAGUUCCUUCCGGAGCCACCGGGAAGGUGAACGGGGUUAACGAGUCGGCGAGCAAUGUCAGAGAAGAAGUGGAAUUAGGGUUUGUGCGGCGGCCGGAGUUGACAAGGAGCAAAUCGGCGCCGGCGAGGAUCGGGGAGAAGAUGGUGUGCUUCUGGAUGAGGAAGAAGGUUAGGCAGGGUUUAGGGUCUCUCUCACGUGAUUCGUCAGACAAUUUGACUAAUUCUUUAGUUAAUUGACCGUUUUAUUUUGAAUUUGACUGUGUUAGUACUAUAAACUUGUUCUUAGCUUUUGAUUUAUGGAUAGAGGAAAUUACUUGUAUAGUGGAUUGGUAUCAACUCAUAUUUUGCUUAAUGUGUAAAUAUUUCAGGCAUAUUAUAACAUUUACAAAAUCGUUUUUUUUUU